AUGGGUAAAAGAGUGGUUGUGGUGAGCGGGUGGGACUCAGGCCCAUGUGAGGGUUGCGGGGGCCAGAGGGGUGGAGGCGGCGCGGGGGGGUGCAGCUGCUGCCAAGGGGGACGCCGUGCCCCCUCCUCCUCCUCUGGGGAAGCCCCGCCACCCCUCAACGGUCACGUGCCACCGCCCCCACCGUCCCAGCUCGUCAAGGUGGUGGUGCUGGGCGCCGCUGGAGUGGGCAAGACCGCCAUCAUCAAGCAAUUCGUACACAACGAGUUCCCUGUGAGCCACGAGCCAACCAGGGCCCGCGUCAACCACUGGCCCUCAGUCCUCGUCAACGACCGGGUCUACCAGCUCUGUAUAGCCGACCUCCCGCCCAUCAGAGCCUUCCCUCAGAACUCCUUCACUGAGUGGGCGGACUACCGUUUCUACGGCCUUAGAUCAGCCAUGGCUUACAUCUUCGUGUUCGAUCUCACUUGCUACGAGUCCUUCACACACAUCAAGGCUCUGAGGGACCAGGUGUACGAGUCCCGGGACAUGCGUGAGGUGGGAGUAGUGGUGGUGGGGAACAAGCGGGACCUGGUGGGGGCGACGGAUGGGAGAGACAAGCGGGAGAUGCGCGACGUACCGGCCAUCGUCCGCAAGCAGUGGAAGGCCGCCUACGUGGAGGUAUCGGCCAAGUGCAACUGGCACGUGGUGACGGCGUUCAGGGAGCUCUUGCUGGCGGUGGAGGACGCCCAUGCCCACACGCACGCCCGCCCUCAUAACCUUCACGAACUCCAUGAGGCGAUCGAACACUCCAAAUGUACUAUAUUGUGAGAUACCGCGGAGUGCCCUAGGUGCAUUAUUUAUACUAUUAUAUUGAAGUUGAACUGAAUAGUUAAGCAAUAUGUUAACAGUUAAAUAUGUUCAGAGAAUAUGAUAAACUCCUCGACUUUCCUCCCGCCCCAACCACUGUUAUAUCAUCCCCCGAAACGCACAAGUAGUCUCAGUGAAGGCGGUCAGCCGGUGUGCAGCGGUGUACACACAAGCGGCUCACUGCUGCACGACACGCUGCUGCUACUGCUGCUGCACACACACUCGUCGCUGCUUGUUCUACUCUCCAAGCUUCCGUUCAAGAGGCCGCUCUCCGUCACUAUAGUACAGUACCACAAGAAACAGCUGCUAGUAAUGCCAGAUCUGUUGCCACAUGUCAGUUUCUGUUAUACAAAAGUGCUUCAUCUGAAUAACUCAGUUUCUCUCGGACUAGAGUUAUUCAUCUGACUUUUCUACUAAUGGAGGCCAAGACUGUACAAAACUUGAUGUGUAAGCCGAUGACUCCUGCACCCCGGCUGCUGCCCGCCCCACACAACCUCCUCUCUGUGGGAACCCAAACUUGUGGAAAGGAAUUCACAAAUUUCCGAAUUUUGAUAAACUAUCGCUCAAGUACACUGCUUACUACUUAGUUAUUUAUGAAAAUAAGGACGGUAUUAGUCAAUAAAUUUAAACAGCCCCGACAGGACAGUGUGUACAGUAUAAACAAAAGCAGUGCUGUGUACGUGUGUCACGAGCAGAGUAGAGUGAACACGGGAUUACAAAGUGAUAUAUAUUUACUCUUGCUCUUAGAUAAACAGGGAAGUCACUCCCUUAAGACUCAGGAUCACAACACAAAAUUCUUGUCCUCGACACCAAAACCCAGCUGUCUACAGUACUGUAAUUCUAAUUAGCCAUUCACAACAAAGGUCACACUCUCCAUGUUACCUGGUGCCAAAUUAGGUAGUGAUGUAAACAAUGUAAAGGCACGAACAUCAAGGCAAGAAUGACGACCUGAUCUAUGAACUAUUAACGUGAUACACAUUUGUUACUGUCGGGGCCUUGAGAAAAUUUUUGUUUAAUAAUUCAGAAUUACUACUACAAUGUAAACCAGCUAAGGUUGGCAUUAACCUCAUGUAAUAUGCAACGUGAUCACCAGCAUUCUUGUUCACUACCACCCAAACAGAACAAAUGUGGAUAUAAUUGGUAAAUGUUUCGAUUAGGAACUUGUCAAAAGUAUAUAAUUAGUCCUAAUGUACCGUAAUGCAGCAGACAGAUGUGAAUACAAUAGUUAAUAAAGGAUCUACUAGUGCA